AAUAUUUCAGAUACUUACAAAACAUCAGCUGGAAGCUCACAUAAUAACUUUUCCAUACUUGCAAAAAUUGUCAAACACUUGAAGGUAAGACAUCAAACAGGAGAGACUCAGCCAUUAACAUUUGAUGAAAUUCUAGAUGAAACAGGACAAACCGACAUACCAGCACGAACCAAACAUUGGUUAAAUUACGAAGCUUUGCGUAACAAUGUCAAGAUUGAUGUUGUCAACGAAGACAAGUACAUAUACAAGCCUGAAUACAACAUCAGAGGAAAAAACAGCCUUAAGAAACUUCUAGAAAGGCACAGUCGAGAGGGGCAAGGAGGCAUAUUUCUGGAAGCCAUUGAAGAAUCUCUUCCUAAUUAUCAAAAACAUCUAGAAAUGAUGUCUGAUUCAAUUGUGCGGAUAACCAGGCCUGAUAAAAAAGAAAUUAUCUUCAGCAAAGUUGUAGGACUCCCUGAUCCAAUUGAUGAAGAAAUAAAAAAUUUAUGGCGAAGCGUCUCGGUAGAGGGAAUGAAUGAGAACAAAAUUCAAGAAUAUUUGCAGAAGCAUAACAUCUCCUCAAUGAAAAAUAUCAACCACGUGAGACCCAAAAAGGUAAAUGCUGUUUCACCCACGAAGAGAAAAACAUCCAAAAAGUCGACAGAAUUGCGACAUAACGCCCAUCUUGCUGGGAUUUUAAUGGAUUACGACAGAAAUCAAUAA